AUGGAAAAGGAUGGUGCUGGAGCCAGUGUGGUGGAUGUCCACCGGACUGGGGCCAAGUGUGUCCCCGGAGAGGCAGGGGACUCCCACCGGCCUGGUGGUGACUUCCACACCGUGGGGCUUCUACGGGUCAAACCAGGCCGUGGGGCCCAGACGGCCUCCAUGUCGUGCAGCGAUAAGCUGGCAUGCUGGCACGUCCUUGGCUGCCAGGGUGCUCUCCUGAUGCAUCUCCUCCAGCAGCCCAUCUGCUUGUCGGCCGUGGUCGUGGGCCGUUGUCCCUACAGCAAGGAGGCCCUGCAGAGGGCCAUUGUUGCAAGGUGUCGGCCUGUCUUGGGUUUGCCAGACGGUUUCCGGGCUCAAGAGGUGGAAACCCUGCAGUCCCAGCUGCUCUUCGUCCACAGCCGCAAAGCAGUUGAGGCCAGCCAUGCUCUGGGUCAAGGGAAGGUGGUGCCGUGCGGUGCAGCUAUCAGCUGGAGUGCUGUUCCGGAGCACCCACUAGAUGUCAUUUCACAUGGCUUCAAGCAGGGGACAACCAAGAAAGCAAUUGGGAGCCCAAAGUCCAGGUCUUGGAUCUGCAAGGUGGUACUCUUCCAGGCAUUCCUGAAGCUGGUGAGAAGCAUCCCACAAGAGAGUCUGCCAGAAACUCUCAGAGCGAAGAGAUUACAGACUUACUGGGAAUACAAGGAAGGUGCUGCCAGUUACCAAGAAGCCUGGAAGGUCCUGCGCAGCCAGACCUUGAGCUCCUGGGUGAGGAACAGUCGCAGUUACCUGCACUUCGUGUGA